UUAGCAACCGGCGCGAGCGCAUCGCAAAAACGGAACUCAAGUCUAGCUAACAGCUAUUAAAGCGAACGAGAGAGAGCGUUUCCUAGUAAUCCCCUGCCUGCAGAUUGCUGUCCGAGAUGGCUGCCCGUGGUGCAAAUGUAUUGUGGUUCCGCCAUGGCCUUCGGCUGCACGACAAUCCCGCUCUGCUGGCCGCACUUGAAGAAAAAGAUCAAGGCAUUGCCCUCAUACCCGUAUUCAUAUUCGAUGGCGAGAGUGCAGGCACCAAAAGCGUCGGCUACAACCGCAUGCGCUUCCUGCUGGACUCUCUGCAAGACAUCGAUGAGCAGCUGCAAGCGGCCACUGAGGGACGCGGUAGACUGUUUGUCUUUGAGGGUGAGCCGACGCUCAUCUUCCGCAGGCUGCACGAGCAAGUGCGUCUGCACAAGAUUUGCGCCGAACUGGACUGCGAGCCCAUCUGGAACGAGCGGGAUGAGGCUGCCAGGCUGAUGUGCCGCGAGUUGGGCAUUGAGUACGUGGAGAAGGUGUCGCACACGCUGUGGGAUCCGCGUCUCGUUAUCGAGACCAACGGCGGCAUACCCCCUUUGACCUAUCAAAUGUUUCUACACACUGUGCAGAUUAUCGGAGUGCCGCCGCGACCUGCAGUCGACGCGCACAUCGAUGAUGCCACCUUCAUUCAACUGGCGCCGGAACUGAGGCAACAUCUGGGCUGCUUCGAUAAGAUUCCCAAUCCGGAGCACUUUAACAUCUACAGCGACAACAUGGGCUUCCUGGCGAAGAUCAAUUGGCGGGGUGGAGAGACCCAGGCCCUCGCACUACUCGAGGAGCGAUUGAAGGUGGAGAGGAACGCCUUCGAGCGGGGCUACUAUCUGCCCAACCAGGCGAUUCCCAAUAUCCAGGAGGCGCCCAAGUCAAUGAGCGCCCAUCUGCGCUUCGGCUGCCUCUCGGUGCGCCGCUUCUACUGGAGCGUCCACGAUCUCUUCGAGAAUGUUCAGCUGGCGGCCUGUGUACGUGGCGUUCAAAUGGCUGGCGGCGCACACAUCACCGGGCAGCUCAUCUGGCGGGAGUACUUUUACACGAUGUCGGUUAAUAAUCCCAACUAUGACCGCAUGGAGGGCAACGAGAUCUGCCUGAGCAUCCCCUGGGCCAAGCCCGAUAAAAAUCUACUGCAGCGCUGGCGCCUGGGACAGACGGGCUUCCCCCUCAUCGAUGGGGCCAUGCGACAGCUGCUCGCCGAGGGCUGGCUACAUCACACGCUCCGCAACACGGUGGCCACCUUCCUCACCCGGGGCGGGCUCUGGCAGAGCUGGGAGCCCGGGCUCCAGCACUUUCUCAAGUAUCUGCUCGAUGCGGAUUGGUCGGUGUGUGCUGGCAACUGGAUGUGGGUCUCGAGUUCGGCCUUUGAGCGCCUGCUGGACUCUUCUUUGGUCACCUGUCCUGUGGCGCUUGCCAAGCGACUCGACCCGGAGGGGGUGUACAUUCGGCGAUAUGUACCGGAGUUGAAGAACUUACCCAGGGAAUUUAUCCACGAACCCUGGCGCUUGUCGGCAGAGCAGCAGGUGCAGUACGAGUGCCUGGUUGGAGUGCAUUACCCAGAGCGUGUAAUAGAUCUGUCGAAGGCCGUCAAGCGCAACAUGAUGGCCAUGACUUCGCUUCGAAACUCUCUGAUCACACCGCCGCCACAUUGCCGGCCCUCCAACGAGGAGGAAGUGCGCCAGUUCUUCUGGCUGGCCAACUACUAGACGAUAUCUACUAUUAUUAUUAUUUUAUCAAUGUUCAAAAUACCUCUGCACACAUAAAUGUAUGUCCUACUCCUCACCAACGUAUACGAAUAAAUAGUAAAUUGUC